AUGUCCUACAACUGCCCUGACUGUGGGAAAACUUUUAAGAGAAGAUCAAGUUUCACCCGGCACCAGCUAAUCCACACAGAUGAGAGACCUUUCAGGUGUCAGGAGUGUGGGAAGGGAUUUACUCAAAACUACCAAUUAGCCCGGCACCAGCGAAUGCACAGAGGGGAGAGACCCUUCAGGUGCCUGGAGUGUGGGAAGAGUUACUUCCGUAAAUACCGACUAAACCGGCACCAGCAAAUCCACACGGGUGAACGUCCCUUUUUUUGGAAGAGCUUUGCCUGGAACUACUUGCUUAUCAGCCAUCAACGCAUCCACACGGGAGAGAAACCCUACACGUGUCCCCAGUGCCAGAAGAGCUUCAGUUGCAGCUCCAACUUGCGGCAACAUCAGCAGCUCCACAUGGGUGACCAACCCUACACAUGUCUAGAGUGUGGGAAGUGCUUUGCUGUCAAGUCCUCAUUAAAUAAACACCACCAGACCCACACAGGGGAGAGACCCUACAAGUGUCUGGAGUGUGGGAAGAGCUUCUGUAGGAGCAGCGCUUGGAUGUGUCACCAACAUGUCCACACUGGGGAAAAACCCUACGUGUGUCCCAAAUGCAGGAAGAAGUUUUCGAGCAGCUCAAACCUCAACCGUCACCUCCGGCUCCACACGGGUGAACAUCCCUAUGCAUGUCCUGACUGUGGGAAGAGCUUUGUCUUGAACACUUGGCUCGUGAAGCAUCAACGCAUCCACACAGGAGAGAGACCCUACACGUGUCCCCAGUGCCAGAAGAGCUUCUGUGACUGUCCCAGCUUGCGGAAACAUCAACGGGUCCAUACGGAUGACCGACCCUACACAUGCCUGGAGUGUGGGAAGGGUUUUGUUGACAAGUCCUCAUUGAAUAAACAUCUCCAGACCCACACAGAUGAGAGACCCUACAAGUGUUUGGAGUGUGGGAAGAGCUUCUGUAGCAGCAGCACUUGGAUGUGUCACCAACAUAUGCACAAGGGAGAAAAACCCUACGCGUGUCCCAGAUGCAGGAAGAAGUUUACGAGGAGUUCAAACCUCACCACUCACCUCCGGGUCCACACGGGUGAGCGUCCCUACACAUGUCCUGACUGCGGGAAGAGCUUUGUCACAAGCUCUAAGCUCAUCAACCAUCAUCGCAUCCACACAGGAGAGAGACCCUACACAUGUCCCCAGUGCCAGAAGAGCUUCAAUCACAGCUCCACCUUGCGGAAACAUCAACAGCUCCACACAGUGGGUGAGAGACCCUUCAAGUGUCUGGCAUGUGGGAAGGGCUUUGUCCACAAAUCCUCAUUCAAUAGGCACUGCCAGGCCCACACGGGUGAGAGACCCUACAAGUGUCUGGAGUGUGGGAAGAGCUUUGUCCACACAUCCUCAUUAAAUAAACACCGCCAGACCCACACGGGGGAGAGACCUUUCAGGUGUCUGGAGUGUGGGAGGAGCUUUGCCUGGAGCUCUGCGCUCAUCAAGCACCAACGCAUCCACACCGGAGAGAAACCCUACAUGUGUCCCCAGUGCCAGAAGAGUUUUUGUGACCAUUCCAGCUUGCGGAAACAUCAACGGGUCCAUACGGGUGAAUGACCCUUCAGCUGCUCCCAGUGUGAGAAGAGGUUUUACCAGAGAUGGGAUCUCGUCCCUUAUUUCCUGACCCAGCUCAGGGAUCACCAAGAUGCCAUGUCCUACAACUGCCCCGACUGUGGGAAAACUUUUAACAGAAGAUCAAAUUUCACCCAGCACCAGCGAAUCCACACAGAUGAGAGACCCUUCAGGUGUCAGGAGUGCGGGAAGGGUUUUACUCACAACUUCUAUUUAACCCGGCACCAGCGAAUGCACAGAGGGGAGAAACCCUUCAGGUGCUUGGAGUGUGGGAAGAGCUUUGCCAGAAGCACUGAGCUCAUUGAACAUCAACGCAUCCACACAGGAGAGAAACCCUACAUGUGUCCCUACUGCCAGAAGACCUUCAGACACAGGUCCAACUUGAGGGACCAUCAGCGACUCCACACGGGUGAACGUCCCUACACGUGUCCUGACUGUGGGAAGAGCUUUGCCUGGAAUUCUUUGCUCAUCAGCCAUCGACGCAUCCACACAGGAGAGAAACCCUACACAUGUCCCCAUUGCCAGAAGAGCUUCAGACACAGCUCCAACUUGCGGCAACAUCAACGGCUCCACACAGGUAACCGACCCUACAAGUGUCUGGAGUGUGGGAAGAGCUUUGCUGACAAGUCCUCAUUAAAUAAACACCACCAGACCCACACAGGGGAGAGACCCUAUAUGUGUUUGGAGUGUGGGAAGAGCUUCCGUAGGAGCAGCAUUUGGAUGUGUCACCAACAUAUCCACAAGAGAGAAAAACCCUACGUGUGUCCCAAGUGCAAGAAGAAGUUUACGAGCAGCUCAAACCUCAACUGUCACCUCCGGGUCCACACGGGUGAGCGUCCCUACAUGUGUCCCUACUGUGGGAAGAGCUUUGCCACGAGAUCAACACUAAUCAGCCAUCAACGCACCCACACAGGAGAGAGACCCUACACAUGUCCCCAGUGCCAGAGGAGCUUCAGUCACAGCUCCAACUUGCGGAAACAUCAACAGGUCCAUACGGGUGAGAGACCCUACAAGUGUCUGGAGUGUGGGAGGAGCUUUGUCCACACAUCCUCAUUAAAUAAACACCGCCGGACUCACACAGGUGAGAGACCCUACAAGUGUCUGGAGUGUGGGAGGAGCUUUGCCUGGAGCUCUGCGCUCAUCAAGCACCAACGCAUCCACACCAGAGAGAAACCCUACAUGUGUCCCCAGUGCCAGAAGAGUUUUUGUGACCAUUCCAGCUUGCGGAAACAUCAACGGGUCCAUACGGGUGAAUGA